GCUGAGGGGAGCGCGUCGCUGCGCUCGUUCCUCCCGGCGCGGCCUUUCUCUUUUCUCCCUCCCCUUUACUCCCCUCCUCCUUCCCUCCCUCGCCCUUCCCGCUUCCUUCCUGGCGGCGGGAGGGGGGUCUCCCAGCCUCGGUGGAGGCAGCGAAGCGUGAUGGAGAUGUCCGGCCUCUUCUCUCUCCUCCGUCCCUCGCUGCGCUGCUUCACCGGCCCCGCCGCCCUCCUCAGCUGCUGACAGCGCCGGCGGCCCCCACUGCCCGCGUCCUGCGGACACCCCCGCCUGUCCCCAGAAAACACCACCAAGAAGGAUAACUUGAAAAACUCCUGACCCUUUUGCUUUCGAUUUCUUGACUACACUAUAAGCAACCAGAAUGUCGGGGGCUUCAGUGAAGGUGGCUGUUCGGGUCCGGCCCUUCAAUUCCCGAGAAACCAGCAAAGAGUCCAAAUGUAUCAUCCAGAUGCAAGGCAAUUCAACCAGUAUUAUCAAUCCAAAGAAUCCUAAGGAAGCACCAAAGUCCUUCAGCUUUGACUACUCUUACUGGUCCCACACAUCGCCUGAAGAUCCCUGCUUUGCAUCUCAGAACCGUGUAUACAAUGAUAUUGGGAAGGAGAUGUUGCUGCAUGCCUUUGAGGGCUACAAUGUAUGCAUUUUUGCCUAUGGACAAACUGGAGCUGGGAAAUCUUACACAAUGAUGGGCAAGCAGGAGGAGAGCCAAGCAGGCAUAAUCCCCCAGCUGUGUGAAGAACUGUUUGAGAAAAUCAAUGACAACAGCAAUGAGGAAAUGUCAUAUUCUGUAGAGGUGAGUUACAUGGAGAUUUACUGUGAGAGAGUCAGAGACUUGUUGAACCCGAAGAACAAAGGCAAUUUGCGGGUGCGAGAACAUCCUCUGCUUGGACCAUAUGUGGAAGAUCUGUCCAAGUUAGCAGUCACAUCUUACACAGACAUUGCUGACCUCAUGGAUGCUGGGAACAAAGCCAGGACUGUGGCAGCUACCAACAUGAAUGAAACCAGCAGCCGCUCUCAUGCUGUGUUCACAAUUGUCUUUACUCAGAAGAAACAUGACACAGAAACUAAUCUUUCCACAGAGAAGGUCAGCAAGAUUAGCCUUGUGGAUCUAGCUGGGAGUGAGCGAGCUGAUUCAACUGGUGCCAAAGGAACCCGAUUAAAGGAAGGAGCAAAUAUAAACAAGUCUCUCACAACUCUGGGCAAAGUUAUUUCAGCACUGGCUGAGGUGAGUAAAAAAAAGAAGAAGACAGACUUUAUACCAUACAGGGAUUCUGUGCUAACAUGGCUUCUUCGAGAAAAUCUGGGUGGUAACUCCAGAACUGCGAUGGUUGCUGCUUUGAGUCCAGCAGACAUAAACUACGAUGAAACUUUGAGCACUUUAAGAUAUGCAGAUCGUGCAAAACAGAUUAAAUGCAAUGCUGUUAUCAAUGAAGAUCCCAAUGCCAAGCUGGUGCGUGAGCUGAAGGAGGAGGUGACAAGGCUUAAGGAUCUCCUGCGUGCCCAAGGGCUGGGAGAUAUUAUUGACAUUGAUCCAAUGGGAGAUGAAUACUCUGGAAGUGGAGGCAAAUCCUCCAUGGGGUCUCUCACUGCAUCUCCAUCCUCCUGCUCUCUCAGUAGUCAGGUGGGCAUAACAUCUGUAUCCAGUAUACAGGAAAGAAUCAUGUCAACACCUGGAGGAGAAGAGGCAAUUGAACGUUUGAAGGAAUCUGAGAAGAUCAUUGCAGAGCUGAAUGAAACAUGGGAAGAGAAGCUGAGGAAAACAGAGGCCAUUAGGAUGGAAAGGGAGGCAUUGUUGGCAGAAAUGGGAGUUGCCAUUCGGGAAGAUGGAGGAACACUGGGAGUCUUUUCACCUAAAAAGACUCCUCAUCUUGUAAACCUUAACGAAGACCCCCUCAUGUCUGAAUGUCUGCUUUACUACAUCAAAGAUGGCAUUACUAGGGUUGGCCAAGCGGAUGCUGAGCGAAGGCAAGACAUUGUAUUGAGUGGGGCUCAUAUCAAAGAAGAACACUGUGUCUUCCGAAGUGAGAGGAACAACAAUGGUGAAGUUAUUGUUACUUUGGAGCCUUGUGAACGAUCAGAAACCUAUGUUAAUGGCAAGAGGGUUGUGCAGCCUGUGCAGUUGCGCUCAGGCAAUCGUAUCAUCAUGGGUAAAAAUCACGUCUUCAGAUUCAACCAUCCAGAGCAAGCACGAGCAGAAAGAGAGAAAACACCAUCAGCUGAGACUCCCUCUGAGCCAGUUGACUGGACAUUUGCUCAGAGGGAGCUUCUGGAGAAGCAGGGCAUUGACAUGAAGCAGGAGAUGGAGAAAAGAUUACAAGAAAUGGAGAUACUGUAUAAGAAAGAGAAGGAGGAAGCUGAUCUCUUGCUGGAGCAGCAAAGGCUGGACUAUGAGAGUAAGCUGCAGGCCCUGCAGAAGCAGGUAGAGACGAGAUCCUUGGCAGCUGAAACAACAGAGGAGGAGGAAGAGGAGGAAGAAGUGCCCUGGACAAGACACGAAUAUGAACUUGCACAGUGGGCUUUCAGGAAGUGGAAAUUUCACCAGUUUACUUCACUGAGGGACCAGCUGUGGGGAAAUGCUGUCUAUCUGAAAGAAGCCAAUGCCAUCAGUGUGGAAUUAAAGAAAAAGGUGCAGUUUCAGUUUGUCCUGCUGACAGACACGCUCUACUCACCCCUGCCACCAGAGCUUCUGCCCACUGAGCUGGAGAAGAUCCGGGACAACAGGCCUUUCCCCCGUACAGUGGUAGCUGUAGAAGUCCAGGAUCUGAAGAAUGGAGCAACGCAUUACUGGUCCUUAGAAAAACUCAAGCAGAGGUUGGACCUGAUGCGUGAGAUGUAUGACAGAGCUGGGGAGAUGGUAUCUAAUACACAGGAGGAGAGUGAAAGCGCCAUGACAGGCAGCGACCCCUUCUAUGAUCGCUUUCAUUGGUUCAAGCUUGUUGGGAGGGCAUUUGUAUACUUGAGCAAUCUGCUGUACCCGGUGCCUCUUAUACACAGAGUAGCUGUCGUUAGUGAGAAGGGAGAAGUACGAGGAUUUCUGCGAGUAGCAGUGCAAGCUAUAGCAGCUGACGAAGAAGCCCCAGAUUAUGGAUCUGGCAUUCGACAGUCUGGCACAGCUAAAAUCUCAUUUGACAAUGAGUAUUUUGAUAAGAGUGAUUUUUCUUCAGUUGCGAUGACUCGUUCUGGGCUGUCAUUGGAAGAAUUAAGAAUUGUGGAAGGGCAAGGGCAGAAUUCAGAUGUUACAACUCCUCCAGAGGAGAUCAACAGAAUGAAUGAGCUGGACUUGAAGUCAGCCACUCUGGAUGGGAAGAUGACUAUGGAAGGAUUCACUGAGGAAAUUGGUGAUCACUUGAAACUGGGCAGUGUGUUUACCUUCCGUGUGACAGUGCUGCAGGCCAGCGGCAUCCUUCCUGAAUAUGCAGAUAUUUUCUGCCAGUUCAACUUUUUACAUCGACACGAUGAAGCUUUCUCAACAGAACCCCUCAAAAACAAUGGUCGAGGGACUCCCCUUGGGUUUUACCAUGUUCAGAAUAUUGCUGUGGAAGUGACAGAGUCAUUUGUGGAGUACAUCAAAACCAAGCCUAUUGUGUUUGAAGUCUUUGGGCAUUAUCAGCAGCAUCCUCUCCAUCUACAGGGACAGGAUCUCAACAGCCCUCCACAGCCUUCCCGAAGAUUCUUUCCUCCCCCUAUGCCACUCUCAAAGCCAGUGCCAGCUACAAAGCUCAAUCCUCUGAGCAAACACAGCUUGGGCCAGAGUGUGAGCAAGUAUGACCUCCUCGUGUGGUUUGAGAUCAGUGAAUUGGAGCCAACAGGAGAGUAUAUUCCUGCUAUUGUGGACCACACUGGAGGCCUGCCCUGUCAAGGGACAUUCCUGCUUCACCAGGGAAUCCAGCGCAGAAUCACAGUCACCAUUAUCCAUGAGAAGGGCAGUGAGUUGCACUGGAAAGACGUGCGAGAGCUGGUUGUUGGGCGUAUAAGAAAUAAAGCAGAGGUAGAUGAAGCUGCUGUGGAUGCUAUUCUGUCCUUGAAUAUUAUCUCUGCAAAAUACCUGAAGUCCUCUCACAGCUCCAAUAGGACUUUCUAUCGGUUUGAAGCAGUUUGGGAUAGCUCCUUGCAUAACUCCCUUCUCCUCAACCGAGUGACACCAUAUGGAGAGAAGAUAUAUAUGACCCUUUCUGCUUACCUUGAGCUUGACCAUUGCAUCCAGCCUGCUGUUAUAACAAAGGAUGUCUGUAUGGUCUUUUACUCUCGAGAUGCCAAGAUCUCCCCACCACGAUCACUGCGCAAUCUCUUUGGCAGUGGCUACUCCAAAUCUCCAGAUUCCAAUCGUGUAACCGGGAUCUAUGAACUAAGUUUAUGCAAAAUGGCAGACACAGGAAGUCCAGGAAUGCAGAGGAGGAGGAGGAAAGUCCUGGAUACAUCUGUGGCUUAUGUGCGAGGAGAGGAGAACCUGGCGGGUUGGAGGCCCAGGGGUGACAGCCUCAUUCUUGAGCAUCAGUGGGAACUGGAGAAACUGGAGUUGCUGCAUGAGGUGGAAAAAACCCGACACUUCCUUCUGCUUCGUGAAAAGCUUGGUGACAGCAUCCCCAAGUCCCUGAGUGACUCACUGUCUCCCAGUCUGAGCAGUGGAACCCUCAGUACCUCCACCAGCAUUUCCUCACAGAUUUCAACUACAACAUUUGAGAGUGCUGUGACACCCAGUGAGAGCAGUGGCUAUGACUCAGCAGAUAUAGAGAGCCUGGUAGAUCGGGAGAAAGAGCUGGCCACCAAGUGUCUGCAGCUUCUCACUCACACUUUCAAUCGGGAAUUUAAUCAGGUGUACAACAGCAUCAGUGAUUGUAAGUUGUCAGAUAUUUCCCCCAUCGGGAGGGACCCCUCUGUGUCAAGUUUCAGCAGUGCCACCCUCACACCUUCAUCUACCUGCCCCUCUCUGGUGGAUUCAAGAUGCAAUUCAAUCGACCAGAAAACACCAGAAGCAAAUUCUCGUGCCUCCAGUCCCUGUCAUGAGGUGGAACAGUUCCAGCUAAUUCCUACGGUAGAAACUUCCUAUCUUGCCAGAGCUGGAAAGAAUGAAUUCUUAAACCUUGUUCCUGAUAUUGAGGAAAUCAGACCAGGCUCUGUGGUCUCAAAGAAGGGAUACCUCCACUUCAAAGAGCCACUCUCCAGCUCCUGGGCCAAGCACUUUGUGGUGGUUCGCCGUCCCUAUGUUUUCAUUUACAACAGUGACAAAGAUCCUGUAGAAAGAGGAAUCAUAAACUUAUCCACAGCUCAGGUGGAAUACAGUGAGGAUCAGCAGGCAAUGGUCAAGACACCCAACACGUUUGGUGUAUGCACAAAGCAUCGUGGGGUCCUGCUCCAGGCCAUCAAUGACAAAGACAUGAAUGACUGGUUAUAUGCCUUCAAUCCACUUCUUGCUGGCACAAUACGGUCAAAACUGGCUCGAAGACGCACGGGCCAGCUGAAGUACUGAGUCCAUGUAAUGUUCUCAUCUGUUCUCCCUAACUCACCUUCCGAUAGAUGAAGUGUUACCUCUCAUUUUCUCUUUGUGAUUCUUGACAGUUUCUCUUGUAUGUAAUCCUGUGGCUUAACAUCCCCUCCCCUCCCACCUCCUUCAGCACAUUUCCUAGGUAUUCUAACUGUACCUUGUUUCUUUUCACUUGUACUGAGGAUUGUACCUAGUAGCAUGUGGCCAAACUAAAAGAGAAAGAAAAAAAAAAAAGCAAAAAAAUGAAGUGAUUUAUGCACGACUCUAAAAAGAGAAAAAAAAGUUAUUUAUUUUAAAUUCUAACAAUUGUUUUCCCAUUUCCAACCGACCUUUCGGAGUCUGUCCCACUGUCCGUUGUUGUCUGUCUGGACUGCUGCAGGGCUUCAUUCAGUUUGUGACUUGGCAGUAGUCAUUGGUUCCCUCAGGGCAAUGUUCUAAUGCCAGGGAAAGAGAAAUUCUUCUAUGUAGACAUUACCCAGGGAGGAACUGCAAUAGCUCCUCAGGCUUUCUGGAUCCAGCCUCUUAUUUAAACUCUGUUGAAAGCUGAUAUUGGACAAAUCUUAUCUGGGCAGACUGGAUUUUGGACUUGGUGUGAGUUUUUAGUUUCCAGGGUCCAUUGGGUUAGGCAUGAGCUGGAAAAGAAUAGGGAACAAACCAGGAGGGGCUGGCUAGAAUAAUCUGCCUUUAGACUCUUACAGGGUUCAGGGGAGCAGUGCUUGGCUUUAACUCUUUCCCAGAACACUAACACUCACUACUCUGCCACUGAACUGAGCUGAGGAGACAGAACUUGUGCUGAUACGAGGAAAAAUAAAGCACAUCGAUCAAAUAUUAGAUAGAAUCCCUAAGGUUUUAGGUGCUCAGCCUCAUAUUUGGCAGAUGGAGAGUGUUAAGUGGAAAUGAAAGUGUGGUUGGUCCCUAGAGCCCUUUCAGAAGAGCACCGCAGGAGGGCAGUGUCUCCUCUUCUGCAUUUGAUCCUGACUGCAGAGUUCCUGGAGCAACAGCUCUCACCUCUCUUGUAAGGGAUGUGCGGUUGCCAUUGGUAUGUUGGGAUACACUGCGGCAUCAUUCCGCAAGGCCUGCUUCAUAUAUGUAUCUCUUAUCUGCAAUACUCUGAUGACAUCCCAUCUGUUCAUGGGGAAGGCAUCCUCUGUCUACAGAAUACUUUCUAGACCUAGCACUUGCAAUAUUCCCCAGGGAACAGCAGGACACUUUCACUUCCUUUUGGAACAACUGUUGAAUGUCUCCUAAUUUCCCUGCUACAAUUUUAAUGAGCUAACCCCCCCUCAUUAGUUUUAACUUCAGAAUUGAUCCUCCCUGGAGGACAGAUCAGGAGGACUCUGGUCCUGGUCAGUGGGUGCAAUAAUUGGCUUCUUGUUGAUCAGCUGGGUGGUGUUAGUGCUUGACCUACAAUGUAAGUUCUUGUGGCCAAGGUUUUGGUCCUUGCCCCAGUAAAAGAACGCAGAAUGAGUUUCCAAGAAGUGAACUCAUCUUUCUUAGUUAGGUUUUCAGGGAGGUUGGGAGGAGUGGUGGUUUCUUUCACUGUGUUUCAGACUGCUGUGCUAUACUUUGACUGCCCUGGGCAUUGACAGGGCUGGCUGUGAUCCUGGGGGAUGGACAGGGAUUUCAUCCUGAGGUUCUGACCUCUGAAGGGAGAGGUAAAAGAGUUUUGUUCCACUAUUACAGUAGGCACAUCUAGGGACACUCCAGCUCAAGAAGGUCAUUUGGAUUCAGCUUACUCAUCACACGUUAGAAACUCUGUGGCCAAAAGUGGACAUGGGACUGGCAUCAGCUGAGCAAUUUCUAGCUUUAUGGGGUUUUCAUUCUCCAGUAAAGUGCAAUGCAUGAGACCUCCUAACAGCAUGGUUGGCAAAGGAGCAGGGAGAUGGAGUCUGACACUUGCUAGGACAUAUCUUUAUGUAUCUCGAGAUAGUACUCAAGCUAAAUCAUGUGCUCACGCCAUCUCCAGUGGUCCUCAGGUUUAUUUCAGAACUGGAAGCCAGAGUGAAGGAGCAUCCUGGGGACCCAGGAGCAUAAUAGGGAUUUAAUUUCCUUUUAUUUUCCUUCUGGUUUUGUCUUGUUUAAGUGUGUGUGACUUAACACAGUGAUGCUGUUCCUUUGUUAUGCAAUGGACGAUAAUGCACUUCCAGUGUGUGGAUACAUCAGAUUUGUCAGUGCUGCAGGAGGGCUCCUCAAGCUGGAGCUAAGCCGAUCUCAAGAAUUAGGUUAAUUUUAAGCACUAAAGUUGUUGCUGCCAUCACCACUGUGUGUAAUGAAGGUGGAACCAGUUUGAGGAGGCAGUGAUUUAGGUGGUGGGAUUUUGUGACACACUUGAGAGCAUUUAAGUUUUAUCUUUUUCUUUUAACUAGAAGAAUACUAGUUUGCUAAGUCUUUGCUUUGGAUAAGGCAGAAAAUGAGCUAAGGAGAUGGAGGCAUUGCAUAGAAACACGAUUAAGGGAUCUUCCUUUAAAAGCAGGAAGAGACAGAGGCUUAUUUUAUACAGAGCUGGAAGUGGUACAGCUGUGUUGCAUAAAUGUUACUCUUCUACCUAAAGACUGCAAGCAGCUUCUGGUGACUUGAUGUUGCUGUGGAUAACAGAUCAUCAGAAGAGAAAAAUUCUAUUUUUAAGCAUCAGUAUCUCUUAAAGCUUCAUAAUCUGUGACUAAAGAUAUUUGUUGUGUGGGGUUCAAAUGGGCAUUACUGUUUUCAGGUCUGACAAAGGCAUACAGUUAGAGUUUCUCACCAAAUUACUGAAGCCUACGUUGAGACAUCUGUUUCCCUGCUUAAAACUGGACUGAAAUCAAUUCAAGUUUUCUUUAGAAGGAUAAUGAAGCAAAAGAUUUCCAUUUACUUUAAAGCUUCUUUAGUCUAGCCCAACAUGGUAGACAUUUCUUUCUAAAAGCAGAGCAAGAAGAGGAAAACUAAGUCCUAAGCUGCCUUCUCUUGGCAUUUAGAAGUGCACUCUUGGUCACCUACUGUGUGUAUGUGUGAAGUCCUGGAGUCAAACAGCUCUUGGGGCUCCCCCUCUGGAGACAAGGCAUCAUGCCAUGGGCCUGCCAACCCACUCGGCAUAAGCACCAGUAGGUGUUCUUGGGGAGGAUGAGUGCAACACUGCGCUGUGUUUUAGGGUUUUAUGUUCCUCAUUGAAAAGAACAAAACUGCCCUUUUUUGUCCAUUGAAAAUCAUGUCAUUGAUGUUGGGGCUUCCUGGAUAUUUUAAAGCUAAGCUAAACCUCCUAUACUGUUUUUUAGAAAUGCACUUUAAGUACCUUUUCAAAGAAGAUUCCUAUAUUCUGGGAUGCAGAAGGGAAGGCAAUACUAUUUCCAGACCACUAAAGAAGGGGUUUUUUUGGUCAGUGUCCAAUAGUCCUUAUUACUGAUUCACAAGGUAUUUCAAAGCGAAGACUUAACUUUUGCUGCUUGUACCUAAUUUACAGGGAUUUAAUUUUAUGUAAUGUAUUGUAUAUUUAUACAUCUGUAAUUAAUUGCACAUUAGAUAACCAGAUUAGCUUUGGUAUAACACCCAUUGGUACUAUACAAUCAACUAAUACAGCCUAUGCCUAUGCAUCUUUCUGGUACUCUUACACAGUCUUAAGUUUGUGUUAGUUUAUACCAUGGUGGGUGUUUUUGUUGAAGCUGCAGCUGUGAACGUGCUGCUGGAAGGAAGGAUACUGCUGCUGGAAGGAAGGAUCCUGCUGCUGCUCUGGAUGGUUUGCUGAAUGUACUUCAAAAUGGGUCUCUUAAUGUGUGCGUUGCAUCUCUUCAUUGUAGUUAACCCCAAUAUGUGGUCUGAACUAUACUGUAUGUAGCAGGAAUGUAUUAAUUUUGUGCUUCCUUGUUUAAAAACAUCAGCUGUUCAAGAACAGGAUUGACUUAUUUUUUGUUCAGAAGGCCAUUUAUGCAUUCUAAGUAUUUGAAAUUAAAACUAGUCCAACCCGAACCAGAUGGUUGUGUCCAAUGUUAUUUGAAAUGGUUUUUAUAUCAACAGGAUCAGCUGUGUAUUCGGAAAACUGAGGGUGUGGAGGUCAUAAGUCUUCAAUUCUUGAUGUUGCCAAGUUAUUGACCUGAUCCUGAGCAGCACUGAACCUCUUGCCUGCCCUGAAACCAGGGGUUAGAAGCAGAGAGAGUCUUGAACGCUCAGCACUUCCCAGGAUCAGGUCUUGAUUUUCCACUCUGCUUGUUCAUACUUCAUGUGCAGUUGAUUCAGGUUCUUGCAUUUGGACAUUAGCCAUGGUGUUGCACUCACAUACACACUUUUAAUUGCAGUCCUCAUUCCCCUGUUUGAUCUCUCUGUACACAAGGUAUACAAGGGAUAUGCUGUGUAAGUGGCCUUCUUGAACAAAAAGCUCUUUGCAAACUGAUUUCAUCCCAGCGAAGGAGUGUAUCAGCAACACUGUACAUUAAUUUCAGGUUUUCAUUUUCUUAUUUUAUUUUGUAAAUAUAUCCGAGAUUUGGAGCUUGAGUAUACAAAAUGUAAAUAUAGUUCAUGUAUUUGUACUAAUUCUGAUCCAUUUGCUGUAUAGCCUUAGGUGUGCAAUGCAGAUAUCUAACUGUGUAUGGUAACCUUGCACCACUGAGUUGUUAGUGAACGAGGUGAAACAAUAAAGGUACAACCAGUGCAUUAGCAGA